AGCAUGCAAGAAGUGUCGACAACUAAAUAGAAGAAGCAAUAACACGCCGAUCUGCGGUCGAGGGUGUCAAAGCUCAGAAUCGGUGGGGAUGGAACAAUACGUGACGUCACCGACAGCAGAGAGCGCUUGUCGCAUGGCCAAAGCCAACGUCAGCGCUUUCAGUUCAGUCAUGCCAACCGUUCAGUGCACAUCGACAGAAUCCGAGUAAUAUCGCGAGUGACAAACGAAUCAGUUGUUGUGUUGUGUGUGUGGUUCUUGUUGUGUCUGUCGGCUUUUAUGGAACAUAUUGCGACAUUAUGUUGACUUCUUCUAAUCAAUACUUGAGACCGGAGUAUCUUACACCACUACCCACUACGUUGGACGCAAAAAAGAGCCCAUUGGCUCUGCUGGCGCAAACUUGCAGCCAAAUAGGAGCGGACGCGCCCAACGCUAAGUUGAUACAGAGUUCAGAAAAAGCAAGCAAAUCGUCUAAAAGUGACAUCCACAAAGACAAAAACGAACAAGCCCACAAAAGUGCGUUGAAAAACGACGGGAAUAGUUUUAGAGAAAAAUCUAAAUCGCCAGAAGAACGUUCCAACAGAGUGAGAACACCUGUAAUAUCUAAAAGUAUACCGAACGGUCGGUGUUCUAGUAAUCUCAGUUCUCCAAGAGCUUCUCCAAAUGAAAGAAAAACUCCAGCCACGGAAAGCAGUUCUGAACGAAUAAGUACUCCUGAUAAAUGCGGUGAUAGGAGAAGUCCUCAAACGCCGUCAUCAUCAGCUUCCAAAACGGCUUUUACUCCAAAUAUUUUGACAUCAUCUUCAGACCCAGCAAUAAAGGACCUACCUUUGGGUACUUUCAAACCAGGAGUUCCGCACACGAGUUCUCCGUAUUUAACAGGAUACCCAACCCCCUCGUUCACCCUAGGAAUGGACUUGAUGACCAGCACGUUAAUGAACCAACACCACGCUCUGAAAGGCAGCGGUCUAGUUCCUUACAUCGGUUACUCGAGAUUAAAAGCUCAAGAUACUAUUUCAUCAGUGUGUCGAGAUCCUUAUUGUACAGGAUGUAGUGUUAGUUCUCAUCUGUUAGGUGCCUCAAGUGCUCUCAAGUCGUGCCCGGCUGGCUGUACGCAGUGUGAUCAUCCUAAACCCCCCACGAGCGUUGGGUACUUGAGCCACAGUCCGGCAGCAGCGGCGUACGCUCACGCGCAGUUAGCAGCCUUGGCUGCCGCUUCCCAUUUACCGUACGUGUGCAAUUGGAUAUCAGGCGACGCCGCUUAUUGCGGCAAAAGGUUUUCCAGUUCGGAAGAGCUGCUCGGUCAUUUAAGGACUCAUACUAGCGGUGCUAUAUCCGAUAGCGGCUCAGCUCUAUCCAUGCUGGGCUCACCAGGACUGCCUCCGACGCAUCCUUUGUUACAUAGAACAUAUCCUACGCCGCCGCUCAGUCCUUUAGCGACGGCGAGAUAUCAUCCUUACAGUAAACCGUCCUUGUUACCCCCGUCUUUGAGUUCAGCUUCGUUAGCGGGAUUCCAGUUUGGCCAUCCCGGUUUAUCACCAUAUCUGUCUCCAUAUUCGAUAUACGGUCCAAGGCCGCAAUAGGAACGAACUAAACCAAAUAUGUUGCUGUGUUAACAAGGACUAGUCUUACAAGUUUACCUAAAAAGACUUUCGACUCACUUUUGUUUCACCCGGUGUAUUAUUGUGUGGACGUGACAGUGUGAUAUUAUUUAUAAUACUUGUAUGUACAUUUUCCGAGUGACAAGAUGUUUGUCUGUAGCGAG